AUGGAGUUGGUUGUUUCUUGUCUGCAACUGGUUGACUCAAGAAGAAAGCAAAUAGCUGUUCCCACUGUCAUCCGGAAAGAUCUAAAGGAGUACAUGCGUAGUGCUUUGAAAACUAUUGCAAGGUGCCUGGUACCUGCGGUGUACUUCCAAGUCAUUAUUAAAUUGCUGGGCCAUGCAGAUAACAAUGUGAGAAGGAAGAUCUCAGGUAUUGCAAGCGCAAUAUUAACUUUUCUUGGCAGUUCACGGGAUUACAAGGCUGCAUUGGAUUGGUCUAUUGGUGCUAUUGUCUCUGAAACUAAUUCGUUCAUCCUGUGCAAGCAGGCUCUUGGGCUUCUGUGCAAUACAUUGAAGGACUCUAGCACAGUGGACAUGAAACAUGAGAGAAGGGGAUUGAGAAUAAGCUCAACAAGCUCUUGGAUUUAUCUGAAUGAAAAUGAUCUAGCAUCCUUAAACAGAUUGUGUUUGGAAAUUGUAAAGUUAAUUGAUGAUUCUGAUACUGAGUCAAAUGCUUCUUUGAAACUGGCAGCAGUUUCAACAUUGGAGGUUUUAACCAGCAGGUUUCCGUCCAACGAUUCAGUUUUUAGCAUGUGCCUUGCAUCUGUUGUUGAAAACAUCAGUUUGACCAACUUUGCUCUCUCUUCUAGUUGCCUUCGGACAACUGGUGCUUUGAUCAGUGUGCUUGGGCCAAGGGCACUCUCUAAGCUUCCUUUUAUCAUGGAGCACUUGCUUAGUUUUUCUCGUGAUGUCUCCUCAUCUGUGGCUGCAGAAACCAGAAGUGGUGAUGAUAAUACUUUUAUUGCAUUAUCAAAUUCUAGGGAAUCUCUCUUCAUGGCAAUUCUUGUCACCUUAGAGGCAGUUGUGAGCAAUCUUGGUGGUUUUUUAAAUCCAUACCUUGGAGAUAUUCUAGAACUUGUAUUGUUGCAUCCUGAAUAUGCAUCCAGAUCAGAUCUGAAGUUAAAAUUGAAGGCCGGCAUAGUACGGAAGCUUAUCAUUGAGAAAAUUCCUGUAUGUUUCCUUAUGAAAAGUUUGAUAUUUGUUUUUGGUGUGGAUAUCUUUAUUUUUAUUCAGUUACUUGAAAUUCAACUUUCUACUGACUCCAAUCUCAUUGACCAGGUUCGACUUUCACUCCCACCCCUGUUGAAAAUAUACUCCAAAGCUGUCAAAACUGGGGACUCAAGUUUGUCCAUUACUUUUGAAAUGCUAGGAAACUUAGUGGUUACCAUGGAUAAAUCAUCAAUUGGCGCUUAUCAUGCAAAUAUUUUUGAGUUGUGCUUACUAGCACUUGAUCUUCGCCGUCAACAUUCUGUUUUAAUCAAGACCAUAGAUGAUGUUGAAAAAAAUGUCGUCAAUGCAAUAGUUAAUCUGACUAUGAAACUUACAGAGACCAUGUUCAAGCCCCUUUUCAUUCGCAGUGUUGAAUGGUCAGAGUCAAAUGUGGAAGAAAGUGAAGGUGCAGGAAGCUCAAAUAUUGAUAGAGCUAUUUCUUUUUAUGGCUUGGUAAAUAAACUUGCUGAAAGUCAUCGAUCGUUGUUUGUCCCAUACUUCAAGUACUUGCUCGAUGGUUGCGUACUUCAUCUCACAGUUGCUGAAGAUACAGAGAUAGGUCUGACUCGAAAGAAAAAGAAGGCCAAGCUGCAAGUAGCAAACAGUAAAAAGAAGGAUGGCAAUGGUGCAUUGACUAUUGGAAUGUGGCAUCUACGGGCAUUGGUUCUUUUGAAACCCAUUGUUUCGCUGCUUGCUACUGACCCACCGACUUCUCUAGAAGAGCAUCCCAACAUACCUUCUGUACAGGAUUUCGAUGAUUUGUUGGUUGCUUGCAUUGGUCAGAUGGCUGUUACAGCUGGCACUGACCUUCUUUGGAAGCCCCUGAACCAUGAGGUGUUGAUGCAAACACGUAGUGAAAAGGUGCGAUCCCGUGUUUUGGGCCUGAGAAUUGUCAAAUACCUAGUGGAGAAUCUGAAAGAAGAAUAUCUAGUAUUAUUGGCUGAAACCAUUCCCUUCCUUGGUGAAUUGCUGGAGGAUAUUGAGCUACCUGUUAAAGCUCUUGCCCAAGAGAUCCUCAAAGAAAUGGAGUCCAUGAGUGGUGAAAGCCUUCGACAAUACCUCUGA